UGAAUGACCGAUGGGAGCAGGACUGUUUUACAGACAUCACCCUGAUUGUCCAUGAACACCAUUUUAAGGCCCACAAGGCUGUUUUGACUGCCUGCAGUAAGUUCUUCUACAAAUUCUUUCAGGAGUUUACUCAAGAGCCUUUGGUUGAAAUUGAAAGUGUUAGUAAGAUGGCUUUUCGUCACUUAAUUGAGUUCACAUACACAGCAAAACUAAUGAUACAAGGGAAAGAAGAAGCCAAUGAUGUGUGGAAAGCAGCAGAGUUUCUACAAACGCUGGAAGCUAUUAAAGCACUUGAAGUCAGGAACAAAGAAAACUCAAAUCCAUUAGAGGAAAACACUACAGGAAAAAAUGAGGCAAAAAAAAGAAAGAUUGCAGAAAUUUCAAAUGUUAUCACUGAGUCAUUGCCGUGUGCAGAAUUGGAACCUGUGGAGAUCGAGGUGGAGAUUGCUGAAGGCACAAUUGAAGUAGAAGGUGAAGGCAUUGAAGCCUUGGAGGAAGUGGCAUCUGCCAAGCAAUCUAUAAAGUACAUACAGAGCACAGGCUCCUCCGAUGAUUCCGCUCUAGCGUUGUUAGCAGAUAUCACCAGCAAAUACCGUCAAGGUGAAAGCAAAGGACAGAUUAGCGAAGAUGACUGUGCAUCUGACCCCAGAAGCAAACAGGUAGAAGAACACAUGAAAUCACACUCCACUGAGAGUUUCAAGUGUGAAAUAUGCAAUGAAAGGUAUCUUUGAGAGAGUUCAUGGAAACAACACUAAACUCUAAACUGUUACCACCUUGAAGAAGGUGGAGUAAGUAAGAAGCAAAGAACUGGGAAAAAAAUUCACAUAUGCCAGUACUGUGACCAACAGUUUGAUCACUUUGGACACUUUAAAGAACACCUUAGAAAAUAUACAGGUGAAAAACCUUUUGAAUGUUCAAAUUGUCGCGAGUGGUUUGCUAGAAAUAGCACUCUCAAAUGUCACCUCACUGCAUGCCAGACUGGAGUAGGGGCAAAAAAGGGAAGGAAGAAGCUUUAUGAAUGCCAGGUCUGUAACAGUGUAUUUAAUAGCUGGGACCAGUUCAAAGAUCACUUGGUAAUACACACUGGAGAUAAACCCAACCAUUGUACUCUGUGUGACUUGUGGUUUAUGCAAGAAAAUGAAUUAAGGAGGCAUCUUAGUGAUGCUCACAAUAUUUCAGAGCGUAUAGUAACUGAAGAAGUCCUUUCAGUAGAAACAUAUUUACAAACCAAACCAGUGACAUCAACGACUAUUAUAGAACAAGUUGGGAAAGUGCAUGUGCUGCCACUGCUUCAAGUCCAAGUGGAUUCUGCACAAGUAACUAUGGAACAAGUUCAUCCAGAUCUGCUCCAGGACAGCCAAGUGCAUGAUUCACAAAUGAGUGAGCUUCCAGAGCAGGUCCAAGUGAGUUAUCUAGAAGUGGGCCGGAUUCAGACUGAAGAAGGCACCGAAGUACAUGUUGAAGAGCUUCACGUUGAACCGGUAAAUCAAAUGCCAGUUGAAGUACAAACUGAGCUUCUACAAGCUGACUUGGAUCACAUGACCCCUGAAAUCAUGAGCCAAGAGAAGAGAGAGCCUAGCCAUGCAGAUGCUGCCAUGGAAGAACCAGAAGAUGCUGAGGAGUUAGAGACCAAACCAAGAGUGUAUUCCCAAGCUAGAAAAGCAGAGAAUGACAGGACAUCUAUGCCGGUUUUAGAAUGAAAACAAUUAUAUAUUUUUAAAUUUACAUUUGAGGUAAACUGAUGGGCAGUGUGACCUUAAGCUAUCAAAUAAGUGGACCAAAGUUAAACUAUUUCUGUUGUGCUGAA